GAUUUAAGCAUUUUAAUGAUUUAAACGUUGUUCAAAUAAAACACUUACGGGGUUCAGUCACACUAAUUAAGUCGACAAAUACAAGUUCGUUUUUUUUUCACACGGAAUACAUGAUUGGUAAAUUGCUUUUUGAAAACAAAAAUCAAUUAAUAGUUUUUCAUUAAUAUCGAAGCGCAGCUACUUGAAAUACAGACCAACUGUUUAAUGUGGAUUAGACAGAGCGAAGAUUAGCAUCAACAUAGUGUAAGUUACAACAAAUUAAAAUACAACAAAAGUUGAAAGUCUAAACCACACUGUUAUGUGAACUUUAUAAGGAUGUUUAGUAAUUGGAAACAUUAUUAAUGUUGAUACAAAUUAAUUGAUUUUUUUCAAGUUGGUGAUUAGAAGAACAAUGCGUAUAGUAUGGGGAUUAAUGGGAAAUCAGUAUUAGAGAUGUGUUAACAAAACCAGCCUCGGAGGAAUUUUCUUGUAUCUGUGAAAAAUGAGUAUCGAUUAACGAAGUACCGUUAGCUGACAGAAGCAAUGUCCAAAGCCAUCGUUCACAACAGAAGUUACUUGUAAAAGUCAAUGUUUGAAAUUUUAUAUGGUCAAAAAUAUAUACGUUUACGACUAUCGUGUUGUCUGGAUCAACUUGACUUGGAACUUUUAAAACAAUAAGUAUUCGUUAAAAUACCCGGUAGAAUAAAUGUCUGGUUGAAUUAUACUUGAUUUAUCGAACUAAGUGGACAGUUAUCAAUCUUACCAAUACUACAGAGAACUGUUAGUAUUAGAAUAUAUUACACUUUUUAAACAAGUUUGGUACGGUAUUUACUUUUUAUGUAAAGUGUUUACGAUGGACUUUCACUUUAAAAGAUACCAGCUUGCUUGAAUUGUCAAUAUUGAAACUAUGGAGUUAUACUAUUUGUUAGUUCAGAGAUCAUUUUUAUGGACAGUUCAGCUUCUUAUAAUUUUCCUGAUUUCUACUGAAGGUGGAUUUUCCUACAAAAGGAUUUUAGAUCGAAGACAAUUACGAGUUGGAUUCCCACCAGAAAUUCUCGCUGAUGCUCAAAAUAUAACCGUCCAUCGAAAUGACAGGGCAAUUUUGAACUGUACAAUAAGGCACAGAGGAACAAAAAAUGUUCAGUGGGGCAUAUUGAAUUCUAGUCAUCCACUAACAAUAGGUGAUCUAACCUGGACUUCAGAUAAACGUUUCAGUGUAUCUUCGUCAAACUAUAACAGAACAGUAGAAAGAUGGAACCUCGUAAUAGAUAAUGUGCAACCGAAAGAUACAAAUACCUACGAAUGUCAAAUAUCCUCUAUUGUAACACGACUACGUUUAGUUCAUUUAACAGUAUUACCCACACAGAGAAAAAUAUCUCCUGGUGUUUCGUUAAAAGGAACUACACUUCUAGACAGCAGAGGGACAAUCAUAAUAACAUGCAAUGCAACUGGUGCUGAACGAGCACCAGAGAGUGUGGAUUGGUUUCAUGAAGGCAGUAUUAUAAGACAGCAAAGUGCCAAGUGGUCAGGGAGAGUGAAGAUUUCAAUGAAAGCAGAUGUUCUAAGACGUUCUUUAAUUAGUCAGCUAAUAAUAGAAAGAAGUACAUUAAAAGAUCGGGGAGCAUAUAUAUGUAGAAGUCCUGACAAAAUAAUGAAAAGUAUAGAAGUUCAUAUUUUAGAAGAUAACAAUCCACCUAGCCGAGCGGUUAGAAAUAAACUAUCUGAUGAACCCGCCAAGCCCAACAAAGCAGCAUUGUCCACACUUAGUUUUAUCAUUUUUAUAAUGGCAGUUUCAGUAUCGGCAACUUGAUGAAGAAAUGUCAAGACAUAUUUAAGUGCCUUGCAUAUAUACUGAUGUGAACAUUAUCUUCUUUCAAGAUUGAUUGUGAAUGUAAAGCAAACGACAACCAACAGAUCGUCUUUAAAGAGACAUAGGAUUGCAGCAAGAAACAAGGAAAAUAAAUAAAUCAUGAUAUAAUGUCAGUUCCUAAUAAGGAAAAAGGAAAAAAGAAGAUGUAUUUUCAUGCAAGGUUCUAAAAAUUGGAAAUGAUUAUGCUCUUUAAAAUUGCUCUACCUACCCUUGUGUAAGAGCUACAUUAAUACUGACAUUAUCCAUUCGUAACCUUCUUGAGAUGUGUGGUAACUUGUGCUAAUGGACCUAAAGAAGCAUUGAUUUGACAUUGAAUAAUAAACAAUAAUGUUAUUUACAAUUUAGAACUUCUUGAUCACUUCACAUUUUAUUGUUAUCAUUAUUUUUAAAUUCAUAAUAUAUAUAUUAACAAAGUUCAUUGCUGCUUUCAUUAUUUCUCUAAAUGUUAAUUCAUGUGUGACCAUGCUUGCUUCGUCUUGCUCAUUUUAUCAAUUUCCAUUAUCAUUGUAGGAUAAAUCAUAGUAUUUAUUCUUCAUUUGUUGUGUUACAUAUAUUUAUUAUUGUUUCAAAUUCCUGAAUAAAAACUGUUUAUUGUUA